AACAGUAGCAGCUGUUCACAUGUAUACCAACUUGAGAAUGAAAUCUGGAGCAUCGACUUAAGAAUUUAUUAUUUUUUUACAAACGGAAAUAUGGAAAGAAACUGACACCAUGAACGGCAGAAAAGUUUACGAGAUCCCCAACAGAAUAUUAAAGUUCAAUAAGCCAGAUAACUUUUCAUUUGGUGUAGCUGCUCGACUCCCUGAAGCUUACAAGAAAUUUUGGUAUGAAUGGAAGAAACAGAAGCCAGUGCCUGUUCACUAUAUUCCGGAACCCGGCAAAUGGAAGCGCAAUCCAGAGACUGGAGAAGUAACUCCUGUGCAAAAUUUUCCAAUCCCUAUGAUGUUCCCAAAUGAAUGUCAUCAAGGUCUUUGGGGAGGAGAGGGGAUUGUACGCGGGUUUCAAAAACGUAAACCACGUCGACGACGCGUGCCUCACUACUGGUUCCCGACACUUCAUCGCAGUGUGAUCUAUAGUGAGAUUCUCAACAAGCACAUGACAGUUGUUGUGACCAUGAGAGCACUGGAUCUGAUUCAUGAGAAUUACGGCUUGGACCAUUACAUCCUGAAGACACCGGCAUGUGAUCUGCAAUCUCUUCUUGCCUUCAAGCUGAAACGAAAAAUGCUGUUAUCUUUGAUGAACAGAGAUUUAUAUCCAGAUGAUCCUGUUAAAAGAGAAGACGUGUACAACACAUACAAAAAAUAUUUGGGAAACUACACUGAAGAAGAAGUGGAAUGGUAUGGCUUGACCAUGUUUGAGGCUAUCAAGAAACAAAUGAAUCGGGAAGAAGUUAUGAACAAGCCAAAGCCAUUGAAAAUAAUGUACCGAGCAGAGUUGGUGGAGCAGCUUCAAGCAGCAGGCAUAGAGGAGGUGAAAGCUGCCUUGGAAGAAUAUGAGGGAAAUGUUAAGAGCCAGAAGAUAUCAUCAUGGCUUUCAAAGCUAAAUCCGUUUUCAUCAAGGAAAUAGAAUUCAUCAUAAUUCAAGUCUUUACUGUGAAACACUUAGCAUCCAUUUGUAAAUCAAUACCAGACCAAAUAAAUAUCUUUUUUGUGGUUGAUA